AUGGAUACCUUCGAUGAAAUUACAACCUUGAACACCCAGGGGCUACCGAAGCAGGAAAGGGAUCGCAUGAUCGCUUCCUGCCGCGGGUUUCUCAGGCGAGCCAAUGCAACAGAAGCCUUGAGCGAGGCAUUGGCCGUCGAGAAGCCGGACUUCACAGGAUUUCAGCACAGUUCACUGACUCGAAUCAAAAAUCUGUUCUCAGGGUUGGCUGGUGAUGGCGUUGACAGGAAUUUAGCCUCUUUACAAGAGCUGGAUCUCCCUACGAUAGUCACAUUGGGCUUAUGUCUUUCUACAACAAAGAUCAAGCGGAUGGAUAAAGAAGAUCUUCAAGAGGUUAUUCAUCAGGCUAAAGAAAUUGGUCAUCGGAUCAAGUCGAUAAUAUACACCAGUCUUCCAAUUUUACAAAGCAUUCAAUUGUCUGUCAAUCUAGUUCUGAUAUAUGAAUUCAAUCAACAGGCUGGUGAAUACAUAUCGUCUUUGAUGGGGAACCAUCAUGUGGAAUGGAAUAAUUCUGUUGCUUAUGCAGAAACUGUACCGCAUGGAAAUAAAUUCCGAAGACUAACUGCACUUGCCAUGAACCGAGUGGCUACGGUCUAUAUACCACUAGACACAACAAAAUAUGAUUGUGGCAUUCGGUUGACUGCGAACUUCAGCGAGGUCAUGCUUUCAACUCUUUUUGGGUACCAGCCUGAGGUUUAUGGAGACAGAGCAGAAAUAUCGGCGCUUGAGCAUCAAGUUGCGCCUCUAUUAGGUGACGAUGUAUACCGCUCAAUCCAGGCCACCACGAUUUGGGAAAGAGGUCGCGAGAUAAGAACAUCUUGCGUAAAGGCCACUGUGUAUGCUGGACACGUUAUUGUGAUUGACGUAGCAGUAACACGCACUGAUGCCAUCGAACUUGUCAACAGAGGGGCUAAUCACGUGGGCGAGAGUGGAGAUGGUCUUGUUUGA